UUUUGAAUACUUCAGAUGUCAUUGGAAAUGAAAAGCUUGGCUAUAACCGUGUGCAUUAUAACGCUCCAUAUGGUAUCUGGACACAGACCAUUUCUAGAGUAUCUGAGAUCACAGGCGAAGAAUAUGGAAAAGGGUCUCGAUUCCAUCAUCAAAGGAACAGGAUACGACCACGGCAACAUUGCAUUCUCAGCCCGACAGUCUUCAGCCAGAGCAUACAGACUACACGAGACGUGGAUCUUUGACACAGUUCUUCUAAAUGACGGUAACGCCUACAACAAGGCUACGGGAACCUUUACAGCACCUGUUGGCGGAACCUAUGUUUUUACUUGGGCUACACUAACGGAUCCGUCGAAAACGGCGCAUCCUUUUCUGAGGGUGAACGGUCAUUACAAAGGAUAUACAGCUUUCAACAAUAGUAUUACUUCACAAAAGUUUUGGAGCAGUGGCUCGAACACAAUUCCUGUUCAUCUGAAAAAAGGUGACAAGGUCAACAUUGCUUCUGGAUACCUAAAAGCCUAUGCAAGAGAAAAUUGGACCUCGUUCUCUGGUUGGAAAAUUUACUAACUGUACAUUUUGAAAUGUUUUUUCCCAAAUAUGCUAAAAUAAAGACGUUUAUUUA